AGCUGAGCCUGGCGUUUAACGGGACUUUCUGACGCGACGAACGACAAGAGAAGCAAGAAGAUGGAGGAAAAAGCGCUGGAGGUGUAUGACGUGAUUCGGACGAUCCGUGACCCGGAGAAGCCCAACACUCUGGAGGAGCUGGACGUGGUGACGGAGAAGUGUGUGGAGGUGCAGGAGCUCGGCGACGAGGAGUAUCUGAUCAUCAUCAGGUUCUCUCCAACCGUCCCGCACUGCUCUCUGGCCACUCUGAUAGGUCUGUGCUUACAGGUCAAACUUCAGCGCUGCCUGCCGUUCAAGCACAAGCUGGAGAUCUACAUAACGGAGGGAACGCACUCGACCGAGGAGGACAUUAACAAACAGAUCAAUGAUAAGGAGCGCGUUGCGGCCGCUAUGGAGAACCCCAGCCUGCGGGAGAUGGUGGAGCAGUGCGUGACCGAACCGGACGACUGACAGACUGUCUGAUGAAACCUCGCUAGACACGUGAAGACUGGCCUUCAUGUCUUCAUAACAGCAGGCCUUCUGGCCUUUCCGCCUGUCUUUGAGUUUGUUUGUUCUUCUGAGUUCGGCUCGUUGAAGAACUACAUUCCUCAAGCUGAGAGACAAAACACAGCGACUUCCUGUUCAACUUCCUGUUCAACGAAGUUGUUCAACUUCCUGUUCAACGAAGUUGUUCAACUUCCUGUUCAAUUUAGUUGUUCAACUUCCUGUUCAAUGAAGUUGUUCAACUUCCUGUUCAAUGAAGUUGUUCAACUUCCUGUUCAAUGAAGUUGUUCAACUUCCUGUUCAAUGAAAUUGUU